GGGGCGUUUUAAAAAAAUAUGGCUGUCAACGUUUGUUUACCGCUCGUCAGCUCAGUUCGUUCGGUUAAUUUGUUAUUCGACCUGUUGACGGAAACUACAGCCGCCAGUGAUUCGUUGAAAUAAAUGAAAAUUCGUCCAGAUGAUCUGGAGCAGAGAAUAAAUGCGCUCAGCACUAAGUGUCAUAUUGUCGAGUCCAGUGCCCGACAAUAAAAUGUCUCAUCCUGACUAUGAGCAGACGGCUCAUGAUCAUGCAACUAUUUUAGUAUUGCUAAAGCCCAUUGGCACACAGAUCAAGCAAAAAACAGUUGCCCGUAUUUGCGAGAGAAUUGUUAAGUAUGGCAGCAGGUUUACAGUUAUUGAUUCAGCUAAUAACACUCGUGAUAUACUCGCUAGAUUUGUGAAGGAACAUCCUGUGGAGAACAAUGAUUGGGGAGAUUUUCAAACUCAUAGGCGAUUAUUAGGUCUCAUUACGUUUGGUAAAUAUGAAAAUCAGACAGAAUUGAAUGAAAUUUGCAGAUUACAUGAAACACUUAAAGUAAAAUACACUCAAACUCUGUAUGAUUCAAGAGCUAUUUUCUUUGGACCAGUACCAUCUGAUAACUUUAAUGAGCCUCCAAAAGGUUUUACUACACCGCACAAUUUUAAAACUCGAGGUGUUUUUUAUAGUGAUGAAACAUGUCCAGACUUGGAAUCUCAAAUGGGAGAAUGUUUUAAUUCACUUUUCUGGAUAUUAGAGUCAAAAAGACUCGAGCGCUCAAGAGAAAAAAUUGAUAAGGUUGCACUGCUUCAGGCUCCAUUUGAAAAGAAAGAUUUCAUUGGUUUAGAUCUGGAGUCAAGAAACAAUCGCAAAAGAUGUGUGGGACGUGCAACAAAACACUUGGGUGAUCUAUGCCUUCAAGCAGGUUUACCUGGCGAUGCUCUGAACAAUUAUAAUUCAGCAGCAGGUACUCUGCAAGCAGUGAAUGACUGGCUAUGGCUUGGAGCAGCGUAUGAAGGACUGUGUGCUGUAUCUGCCUUGAUUUUGUACCCCAACAUGUGCAGAAGUCUUCCUUUGCAAAGAAAUUCAUCAUUGCAAGAGGGCAGUCCUGGAAAACAAAGACGAGGAUCACAAGUAGCCAAUGCGCUUCCAACACCACCAACAAUAGAAGCUAUAAAGAUAAACAUGCCACAUAUUCUUCCACCCGAGGAAAUAUGUAAAAAAUAUCGCGAGGCGAUAGUCCACUACAGCAAAUAUCAAAACGCUGGUAUUAUAGAGACUGAGGCAAGCUUUAAAGCUACAAGAAUUUCCAUAGAACAAAACUGCACUUUACAAGCAGCGUCUUUUCUAAGCAAUGUAUUGUUUAAUAAUAUGACUAUGCCAGAACAGGAGAAGAUAGACCGUUUCACAACAUUAUCUGAACUAUACACUUCGUUUGGAUAUACAAGAAAAGCGUCAUUUUGUUUAAGACAUGCAGCAUCUCGACAUGUUUCGCAAAAAAAUCCGAAUCCUGAUUGGCAACAGUGCUAUAAUUUAUUACUGCAAGCCACAUCAGGCUUUAAACUAUCUCUUGACCCAGUAGAAAUGAUAUAUGAUAAUAGAAAGGGUUGGCCAUCUAUUCAAAUCCAACUGAUUAACGAACUCGUGGCGGCGGCAAAUCGCAUGGGCAAUCCAGCUUUAGCCACGCGACACCUUACAUUCCUUCUACAAACUAUGUACAAUUACCUCGCACCUACUGAGAGGAAAGAAGCCGCUCGUCAGUUGCAAGCGGUUUCCCAACAAUCGGAAGGUGCACCUGUUCCACUCGUACUGGAUUCUGGGACAGUCAUUCCACCUGCGAAUCUCACGAAUAUCCCUCGUACGAAAACCUUUACUCUGAAGAACCUUCAGCCACAUCUGCAGCCUCAAAAAAUUGAACGUGUGAAAGAAGAUCACGGCCCUUUUCUAUUCACACCUAUCAAUUUCGGCUCUCUCGAGCGAAAAGCAACUUCGAAAAGCAAGGUUGACUACCUUUGGGUCGACGGUGACAUCUGCGAAGUCUCGAUGCAGCUGGUGAAUCCUUUGCCAUUUGAACUUCAUGUCUCGAAUAUGCGGCUCCUCACCAACGGGGUCGUCUUUGAGUCCAUUCCUGAGAGCAUCAGUCUACCCGCAGAGUCUGGUAGCAUCGCGGUCACGUUAGCUGGAACUCCUAGAGAAGUUGGAGAUCUAGAGAUAUUAGGUUUUAGUACACAUACAUUAGGGGUGAAGUCGAACUGCAGGCUGAGGCAUAUGGAUGCGAUGUCGCACCCCGCGUAUACGGUCGAAGUCGUGCCUGCUUUGCCUAGGAUUAAUGUGGAAACAAGUCUGCCAAGGACGGCUAGCUUUAGUUCGGGCGAGAAUAUCGUAACCAGUGCCAGUGUAUCUUUGUAUGGUGGUGAAAGCGCUGAAUGUACGAUUACGAUAACUAAUGUGAGUCAAGUGCCUAUUGAGAUGGUAGAGAUCUCUGUACAAUCGACUCUCGAUAAUUUGACAGAAGGCAAAGUUUUCAAAUGGAGCGAUGAAAAUUUGCGGACACAGUUGCCCUUACAGCCCCAAGCUAGCGCCAGUAUUACUCUGUACAUGUAUGCAGCAAUGGAUUUUGUUGUUCCACAAUCAGACCACGAUGUCACAAACAAUUAUCACAGUCAACCAAAUAGUUUAAUGUCUCACUCAGGACCAAGCUCUCUACCCUCACGAUUAAGUUCUCCAUCACACCACACCAAGAGACAUACUGAAUUGACAUCGUCGUUCCGCUCGGGUACGAGUUCUAAUUCAUCGAAUUCUCUAGGAAGUACAAGAUUGUCUAAGCUUGCUGUACCACUGCACGCUUCGAAUAUAGUUGAAGGACAGCUGAAAAUUAAAUAUUCCGGUAGUGCUGGUUUGGCUGCAGGUUACUGCCGAGUUUCGUCUGUAUUUACUACGAUAGAAAUGUUACCGAGUGUGCAAGUUACGAGUUGGGACGUUUUACCAGCUGAAACGCCGGCGCAAUUCUAUCUCGUUCUUGAUGUCACAAACAUGACAAAUCAUGAAAUGGAACUACACUACACGCAAAGUAAAUGCAUUUACAUGGAAGGCCGAGAAUCGUGCAGGAUACCUAUCCCCGUCGAUAGAUGUCCACUAAAUAAAUUGUCUAUUAUAAAUGGACAAGGUAAUAACGAAGAUUUACAAAAAAUAUGUUCAGAACACAUAGCGUCGUUAGCGGAAUUGAAGUGGCAGUUAUUAGGUACUGAAUCGAAAGGUCGAGCCACUUUAUCUGGAUUGACUUUAACACAAGAUAUGCUGGAUCUUGUGCGAAUGAGCCCGUUGCAAUGGGAAGUCACAAUCAAUGACACAAUUUUCAAAGCGCAAGAAGAAGUUACAUGUAAUUUGGGAGAAUGUGUUAGUGUCGGAGUCGGUGUAUCAAACGCGUUGGAGAAUCCACUGCGAAAUCUAACGUUGUCGAUAAAUCUUUAUCAAGAUCAUCAUAAUGGAGUCAACAAUUAUCGGCUCGAUACCAGAGUUUCAAUAGCUGGGGCGAACAAAGUUAUGCUUCCGACUUUGCAGGAAUCUGGGCGUGCGUAUCACGAAUGUCGCGUGGUUUUUCUUACUGCUGGUCAGUAUAAAAUUGAUAUUCAAUGCAGUAGUCGCGAGUCGACAGUUGAUACUUCAACAAUUUGUUCUGAACUUGUUAAUGCCGGACACACAUGGCGCUAUAUACCACCUAUCGAAAUUAGAGUGGAGGAUUGUUGAAAUUAAAGUUAUUGUUUAUUUGUAUUCGUAUUUAUUUAUUGGAAUUAAGAAAUAAAUUAUUAUAUAUUUUCUUCAGAUUA